AUGCUGUUCGCCCGCUCUGCCCUGCGCAGCUCGCCGCUCCUGGCCACCUCGGUCUCGCGGCGCGCCCUGUCGACCAAGCCCGUGUCGCUCCUCACGCCCGCCGAGCUGCGCGAGCUCCUCGCCUCGUCGAGCCCGCCCGUCGUCCUCGACGCGAGCUGGCACAUGCCCAAUGCCGAGCGGUACGCGUUCCGCGAGUGGCGGCACAAGCGCAUCGAGGGAUCUGGCUUCUGGGACGUGGACCAGAUCGCGACCAAGUCGGACAAGGGCGUGCCGCACAACAUGCCCUCGACCGAGCAGUUCGAGGAUGCGUGCGGCCGGCUGGCGAUCAAGCGCGACGACCACGUCGUCGUGUACGACUCGGUCGGCGUCUUCUCGUCCCCAAGGACAGCGUUCACGUUCAAGCACUUUGGCCACGAGCGCGUCUCGGUCCUCGACGGCGGCCUCCCGCGGUGGAUCGCCGAGGGCAACCCGAUCGACGAGCAGCGCCCGAUGAACCCGAACCCGCACGAGCUCGAGGGCACGGGCCAGCGCGCCGAGUACCGCCCCAUCCUCUCCGAAAUUAUGUUCGCUGGCAAGCCACGUAUCGAGAGCUACUUCAUUGCCGACAUUGAGGAGGAGUUCACCGAGUACAAGGUCGAGGCGGUCCGGGACGACGUGCGGCAGUGGGAGGACGUCGACGCCAACAUCGCCAAGGGCGACAAGGGCGCCGUCGUCGUCGACGCUCGGCCAGCAGGACGCUUCCACGGCACCGAGCCCGAACCUCGCGAGGGCCUCGAGAGCGGCCACAUGCCCCUCGCCGCGUCCGUCCCCUUCUCGACCGUCCUGAGCCCCGAGUCGUCGACCUCGCCGCCGUACAAGACGCUCCUGCCGCCCGCCGACCUCGACAAGGUGUUCUCGGACGCGCUCGGCGCCGAGCGGUGGGCGCUCGUCAAGCAGGGCGACCGCCCCGUCAUCGGCACGUGCGGCAGCGGCAUGACGGCCGCCGUCCUGUGGCUCGCGCUGCAGCGUGCUGGGGCACCGCCCAUCGACAUCUACGACGAGAGCUGGACUGGGUACGCGCAGCGCGCCGAGAGCAAGAUCGUCAAGGACUGAAGGGGGGAUCGAUUGCAAUGCCCAUAGACUUGGUUCGUAGACGCACG